UUGUUACUUUAGCUGGUGAAGAAGGUUGUUUUUACAGCCAGCUUCAGCAAUGGCGAGCCGCCUCUCUUUUUACACACAGCUCUCCGCCAUCAUGGAGACGAUGGCCAGGUCUGCCCUUAGUCAAGUCUGCAAGCUGGUGGAUGAAGACUCGGCUAAGCUCCGGCUAGGCUUGUCUCAGCUCCUGGUUGCUAAUUCCGCGCUGGCGGAGAAAGUAAACAGUCUGGAGUGCGAACUGACGAUUGUGAAAAGCGACUCUCCCAGGUUGUGUAAAAGUUAUCGCAGCGUAGGUGUACAAGCUGUCUGCCACAGAGACGCGGGGGACGCUCAUGUGUCUGGGUCACCCACCAUAGAGGGGAUCUUUGGAAAAGAUUGGUGUAUGAAUCUCUGGAAAGACCGAGACCCAUACAGUGUGGAGAGAGACCCACCACAGUCCUCCGAGGAAUCUCUGACAAUGCUGUCCAAUCAAUUUACUGUAACUGAGAUCAAACAGGAGGAUUAUGUGGAGGACACUGCCAACAGCUGCCUGCAGGAAACAAUUAGUACAGAAGAACAUGAAGACAGCAUAGCUGAGGAACCAGAGCAACUGUCGGCCAGUAACUCAGGAAGCAUUUGCAGCCGGUCAUUUUAUCAGGAUGGAGAACAGGUUGUGUGUGCAGGUGGUAUUGAAGAACAGACCAUACAGUUGAUAUCCAUCGAUGACACAGAGGAGGCCUUCAGCACUCAUAUCAUUCCAAUUGAAGAGGAGGAGGAGGAGGAGGAGGGUGAUGAUAAUGAUUUACAAUUUGUUGAAGAAAGUCAACAAAAGCCAACAAUGAAUGCUCCAGAUGGGCAGAGCCACAACAAUCAGCACACAUUAGCUGCAAACAUCUCUGAAAACAGCACUAAUCUGGAUAAAGAUUUGCAUGAUGACUUUUAUAUAUAUAACGCAGAAACCACCAGAGAUCCAGACAAAUUCACAUGUCGGAUAUGUGGCAGGACAUUCUUCCACAAGGGCACUCUAACACUGCACAUGAAGUCCCACAAGUCCAACUUUUGCAGCAUUUGUAAGCAGCAUUUCCCUCACAGGAACAAGUUCAAAAAGGUGCACACCUGCGUGCCUCCAGUUGCCUCUCAGAGAGUAAGUAGAUCAUGCGAGCUGUGCGGGAAGACCUUUGCAAACCCAUCAGCUCUGAGGAUUCACUAUGUUGUCCACACAGGAGAGAAACCGUACAGGUGCAGCUUUUGUGGUAAAGGGUUCACCCAGAAAGGCAAUCUGAAAUGUCACCUUCGUAUCCAUACCGGAGAGAGACCAUUCUGCUGUGUUAAAUGUGGGAAGACAUUCACGCAAAAGAUCAACCUCAGCCAUCAUUUAAUGACACACACAAAUCCUUAAGUUUUGACAGCUAGGAGACAUUUUAAAGGCUUUUAAGCCGGACUGAUUGUGGUGCAAGAAAAGAAGGAAUGCAUUCUCUACUACUUCUCCCAUUAGCGUUAGGAAAGUUAUGUCAUGUUUGUGAUGACUUGUAGUCUGUACUGUACUGCUUAAGUG